GGGUCUGGGUGGGUGGGCGCGGCCGCAGCAGUCGCAGCGGGGCCAUCUUCGGCGGGCGAGUGGGCUCGGCCUGUGCAACCCGCACCUGCGUCCCUCGCCCGGCCCGAUGGCGCCGCGGCCGCUGGGCCCCUUGGUGCUGGCGCUGGGCGGCGCCGCGGCGGUGCUGGGCUCGGUGCUCUUCAUCCUCUGGAAGACCUACUUCGGCCGCGGCCGAGAGCGGCGCUGGGACCGGGGAGAGGCCUGGUGGGGCGCGGAGGCUGCCCGCCUCCCCGAGUGGGACGAGUGGGACCCCGAGGACGAGGAGGACGAGGAGCCGGCGCUGGAGGAGCUGGAACAGCGCGAGGUGCUGGUGCUGGGGCUGGAUGGCGCAGGCAAGAGCACGUUCCUGCGCGUGCUGUCGGGGAAGCCACCGCUGGAAGGCCACAUCCCCACCUGGGGCUUCAACUCCGUGCGUCUGCCCACCAAGGACUUUGAGGUGGACCUGCUAGAAAUUGGGGGCAGCCAGAACCUGCGCUUCUACUGGAAGGAGUUUGUGAGCGAGGUGGAUGUGCUGGUGUUUGUGGUGGACUCAGCUGACCGACUGCAGCUGCCCUGGGCCCGACAGGAGCUGCACAAGCUGCUGGACAAGGACCCUGACCUGCCUGUCGUCGUGGUGGCCAACAAGCAGGACCUGAGCGAGGCCAUGAGUAUGGGGGAGCUGCAGCGGGAGCUGGGCCUACAGGCUAUCGAUAACCAGCGGGAGGUUUUCCUCUUGGCAGCCAGCAUUGCCCCUGCAGGACCCAGCUUUGAAGAGCCUGGCACCGUGCACAUCUGGAAACUGCUCUUGGAGCUUCUCUCCUAGGCUGCAGCUCUCCUGCUCGCCACCUGCCUGUCAAGACCAUAGUUGUACUGCUGCUGCUUCAUUGCCAGACUGGGCCUGGGGCAAGAGCCACAUGGCAGCAUUUCCCUUUUCCCCUCCUUUGCCUUUCAAGAGCAGGGCCUGGGCAAGGCCAAGAACCAUGCAGAAGCCUUCCUGGUGAGGUGGCCGUGAAGCCGAAGCAGGGAGGUGGGUGAGACAGAGGGUGGGGAAGAUAGUGUCUGGCUCAUUCCAGGCUGGAAUAUGGAUCCAGCUUUCCCUUCUCUUACCUGUACAGUGAGAUGCUCAGUGGGCUCAAUCCUCCACUACAGGUCCCGGUACCUGAGGAACCAGUGUAGGUGUCAGAAAUACUCCUAGAGCCUCAAGGUCUCCCAGUCCAGAAACAGUCUGGUGACGUCAUGCCCUUCUCAUGUGGGCAGCUUCUGAGUGGUGACACAGCAAGCCUUUGUUCCUGUCCUGCAUUGUCCAGCCCCAGCUCCACCUAAGUGACUUGUGGCCUUGUGCAAUCUCUGCCUCUCUGACCCCAGGGCCAUUAUUUUUAAAGGGAGGUGGUUUCCUAAUUCGGAGAUGCCUUUCCCAGCCAUGGGAGUGUGAAGUGCUAGGAUGAACCUGGCCAUCCUAGCAAGGAGCUUUCUGAAGACCUCCCUGCUUUUCCCUGAGCCCAGGCCUGGCCUGCCAGCCUCUCUUGACUACAGAAUAACUGAUAUUCACCCACCAAACAGAAAAAGUGAAGGCUGGGUUUUUCCCCUCUAAUCUGGAGACAAGCUGCUGCUCUCGUACUAACUGUGCCAGUGCCCAUGUUUACAGAAGUCAGGGGAAGGAAGGAGCCUGUGUCCCUGGGAUGACAGUCAACUGGAGCUAGGUGUUGACCUCAGAACUGCAUUUUAUUUAUUAAUUUAUAAGCAGAACAGGCCAGAGUUCUAGGCUCUGUUUCUAGGUGCUGUUUUCAAAACCCCAGAUGACAGUCAUAGAAAAUUUGGAACUUAGGAAAAUAGCUGGAAUCAUGAAUGACAAUGAGAUAACAUACAGAUGUCAGUGGAGACAAAGUUGUGGGUUCCUCCUCCCACCUGGCUUUGAGGCUGUCGUCGAUAUCAUAGUACUUUACAUGGAUUCACAUGAACUGAAACGCCACCACUUGGCCCAGGAUGUUGAAAGGGUGCAAAUUUCUUCUGGGUAGAUAAGAAAUGACUCUGGGAGAGGAUUUCUCUUAUGUGAAUCUAGGUAAAAAGAUGGAAAAAAAUUGUAUUAUGUGAUCCUAAGGACAGGAAUAGCAGACCAGCCAACGGGAUGGCCUUGGGUACAUCACUCAGCCUUUCCGGACCCAAUUUUUCCCCAGUGAAAGCCAAGUUGGACUGAAUUUCUGGAGUUCUCAUCAGUGCACAUUCCAUAGUUCUCCAGUGCUUGGCGAUCAGCCCAAUUUAAGGACUGGCUCUGUACUGACAUUUAUUAUCGGUACAGGCAAAGAGGAGCCUGUUGUCUGUUAGGGACCACUAAAUCAACAACCACAAAUGGAUUUUUUUUUUUAAGAGGAGCUGUGCACCUCAAUUUGCCGUCUAGUUGAGAAUAGAGAUUGUGUGCCUUCAUUUCAUUUGACAUUUACCCAGCAUGCCUCAGUUCCACACCGUGACCAGUGUAAGAAGAGGAACUAUGAUAAAAACAGUUCAACAAGCCGCAAGGAGGGUGGGAAAUUCUGAAGUCCAGAAGCGAGUGUGAUCUUUGGAAUAGUGGCUGCUGUGCCCUUGGGCGCCAUUUGAAGAAUCACUGUUCUUGAAAGUGCUGGUUCACUUUCUGCAGUAAGAAGUGAUUUAUGGGCUCUUAUGUAAAAUUUUAAGGAUGACUUGGGUUUUAGAGUAGUCUUUGAAACUUUGCUGGCAGCUUUUCAUUUUGUCAUUGGAAGGGUAAGAGACUUUGUUCUAUGAACUCCUUGUUCUUCAGGGCUUGAAGGUGUUAACAAAAAAACCUUAGACAACUUUAACGAAGUUUAAAAAGUAUGUUCUGUUUUUGAGCAGAAAAAAGAUUCAUGAACUGGUUAGUACUUAGCACCAAAAGCAGUUCAGAAUGCUCAGCCCCACAAUGUGUGUAGGCUACAUUUAUAGCCAGAGAAACGAAAAUAACUUAGGUUGCCUGACUGGCUGCAGUCUGGCAUUUGCCUUACCUGAACAUGUUUUAGCAGCCUUCAGCCGACGAUUGACUGAAGGUUUGGCUGCUGUGAUUGGCUACAAUUCGGCUACUUGUUAGAAGAACAUACUUUUAGGUUAGGUUACGAGUUGUUUACACUUUAAGUUACAAUUCACUGUGUACAGAGGCAGCUUAGGCCAGACUUAAUUCAGCUUCACAGUGUCCCUCAUUUUGCUCAGCCCCUUAAUUUUGAGAGAUUGACCAAAAUCCCAGGCACUGACACUACCUUCUGUCACUAUUUGACCUCAUUAUGGAACUCACAGUUUACAAUGUUAAAUCAGUUAGAGGAUUCUGUAUGUCUUCAUGUUUCUGUUACUCUAACCGUAAUGAGACCAUUUGAGGUACAAAGGAUGACUGCAUUGGUGUACUUAAGACUACAACACAUCAGUGGGGACCUUAGGAUGGCUAUCAGGAGUGUAAUACCAAGAAACUGGAAUGCAUCCCUUAAUAUGAGUCUCCACAAACCAAACUGAUUGGAAUCAAACAACUCAAGUUCAGACGAUAAAAAUAGUUCAACAGCAUGCAAGCUCUGCUGCUCAUAGCCUGUUCAGGGUAUAAUGGCAAUUAAGGACAUAGUUCACUAUGAAGUACCUUAAUUGUAAAGUGUUUGAUUUUUAGUUAGCUUUUGGUAACACAAGUCAUGGUGAUUGGGAUACCCACUAAAAGAAACAUGAAGAUUAGAAAACCUUGAACAGCUAAGCUUGCUGUCUACCAUUCAGGAUGCCUGCAAACCAACCACUAGCUGCUCCUGCAAACACAUUAUGUGUUCCUUUUCCCUGAGAAAUAUCCUUGAUGUGUUUGGUGGCAGUAUCUACAGAAGCGGCAGCCACCACCGCCUUUUGAAGCUCUCCAUAGUAGUAGAAUCGGGAAAGAUGAGCACAGCGUUCAGUUUUGUUCAGCACCAUACACAAGCUCCUGGCUGGGCAAAGGAAAUCUAAAGCUGCAUGAAGUUCCAUUACGUGUUUUUAUUGAACACAGGUGGCUUCAUCCAUUCGUCCAUCCGUCCAUCCGUCCACCCGUCCACCCAUCCAUCCACCCACCCACCCACCCAUCCAUCCAUGCAUGCAUCCACCCACCCACCCAUCCAUCUGUGCAUGCAUCCACUCAUCCACCCAUCCAUCCAUCCAUCCAUCCAUCUGUGGCUUCUACCUGUGCGAAUCUCUGUGCUACAAAAUUCUUUUCAAUUUAGCAUUAACUUUAAUUUCCAUACAGUUGGCACCUCACUGCCGCCAAAAGUGAGUCCACAGGAACCCCACUGGAACAUUUGCUCAGGGGAAACUAAUCAUCUGUUUCAAGGUUGGUAUUCAUUUUAGUCUUUGACCUCUGAUUAUGGGGACUUUCAGGGAAAGCUGUUUGCAAGGCGAGCAUGAAUCAGGUGAAACAGCAAGAUCUGAAGUCAGGACAGAGUAAGCAAAUUAUCCACAGACCUAAUAUGUACCCUCUGAAGCUGGAAAGUGGGGGCCACCUGGUAGCAUUUGAGCAGGGGUCACUUAUGUUCCCCCAUAAGUCUGCACAGCUCCUAAACAAGGUCCAGUGGGGAACUUGUUUUUAUGUGAUCCCUUUAUAGCAUGCUGUAAGGGUGCAUAACCACAGCCAGUGAGAAGGGACCCUACUGGAUUUAACCCAGUGACAUUAUAUAAGCAAUCGCUUGGAGCCACAUAGGUAGUUCCCAGGUCCUGAAUAUGUGGUGCCUGAAAGCAUAGGUGUAGGCAGUAUUCCUUGCAUAGGCAUUACCUGGACAGGUUUUUUUUCCAUUUUGGCACUUAUUAAUUGAAAAGGUCAGGGUACCACUUCCAGUGAGUGUAGGGAAGCAAGCAGUAGUGGUGUUUAGAAUAUCAAGGUUAGCUGCUGGAUGCGGUGGCUCACGCCUGUAAUCCCAGCACUUUGGGAGGCCGAGGUGGGCGGAUCACGAGGUCAGGAGAUCGAGACAAUCCUGGCUAACACGGUGAAACCCUGUCUCUGCUAUAAAAUACAAAAAAUCAGCUGGGUGUGACGGCAUGCACCUGUAGUCCCACCUACUAGGGAGGCUGAGGCAUGAGAAUCACUUAAACUUGGGAGGCAGAGGUUGCAGUGAGCUGAGAUCACGUCACUGCACUCUAGCCUGGGAGACAGAGCGAGACUCCGUCUCAAAAAAAAAAAAAAAAAAAGGUUAGCAUUCCACUCUUCCUUUGGGGUUUCAGGGUGACUUAUUGGGAAAAUGGAGAGAUACUGGCAUUAAUGGAAUCGUUUCCUGAUUUGAGCGUUAAGUCACAAACCCAACAGGAACUCCAGUUUCUUGCGAGAGCAUUAGCCAGCCCCAGAUUAUGGUCCCACGGAUUUUCCCAUAAAGAAAGGGAAAGGAUUUGCGGGCAGAAAAUAGGAAAGAGAGGGAGAAAGAUAAGAUUUUUGCGAUUGCAGUGAAGUCUUCAUCCACAUCUAGGGAAAGCUGUUCAUGUCUAGGACGUGAUCUGCUUCUGGGGAAAAACUUCCCUGGUUAGCUUACCUUAAAGUCUCCAACAGGUGCGUAGUUCCAGGAGUCUGGAGAGGUCCUUUUGAGUUGUGAGAUGUGGACCCAAGGUUCGAAGCCCUGAAGUUUUACCACAGUGUGGGUAAUAGAAGAACUUGGUAUCGUCUCUUUCUGUGAGGUUUAAGGGCACUUUUUCUCUGAUACCAUCUCCAGAAGACCUAGUCUCAGGUUACAGAUUGUGAAGGCUUUGAUGGUCCUCUGUGGGUCACAAAGUUUAUUUUAUUUUGUCAAAAUACAGUGUGACAUAAUGCAUUACAGCUUUGUAGUAUUUAGUGGCAUCAGCAUUUAGGAGAGUAGGAACUACGUGAAGUUCUGUUAGGAGCACCGGCUUUCUAGUAACUAUUUCAUAGGGGUCAAUCUGUGUCUGUCGUAGGAAUGGAUCUGAUCUGCUGACCAAAAGCAAUGGUUGGCUUUCUUCUUCAGAGAUUAGAAAAAAAUGAAAUUCAAAGCCAAUGGUAGUACCUUUGGCCAAGAUAAUCCAAUCGAUUCAGUUAAUUUUGCCAAUUUUAGUUUUAAAAUAUUUGUCCUUUUGACCUUUCCAGAAGACUGAGGGUGAAAGGGACAAUGGUAGUACCACUGUGUUUCUAACACUUUAUUUAGCUGCUUCAUAGUUUGUCCAAUAAAAUGAGUUCCUCUGUCACUGGAGAUUUUUCCAGAGAUGCCCCAUAAAGGAAACACAUGUUCUUAUAACUCCUUAGCUACUGCCAUAGCAUCAGCUCUCCUACACAGGAAAGCUUCUAUCCAACCAGAAAACAUGCCAACUAUUACAAGAACAUACUGAUACUUAAUUGAGGGUGGCAGUUGAAUGAAGUCCAUCUGUAAGUGUUCAAAUGGUCCAUCAGGUGUUGGUGGAAAUACACCACUUGGAGUUUUUAUUAUCUUCCCUGGAUUAUGGGUUUGACAAACCAAAUAUUGGUUAUAACCCAUUUCAGCAUUUUAGAGUAGUCACACUCUGGGUAUUUUUUAUAAUUUGGAUCAUUUUGCUCAUUUGUGAAGUGCAGAGGUUGUUUUUUGUUUUUUUGUUUUGAGACAGGAUCUCACUCUGUCACCCAGGCUGGAAUGCAGUGGUGCAAUCAUGGCUCACUACAACCUCCACCUCCAGAGAUCAAGCAGUCCUCCCACCUCAGUCUCCUGAGUAGCUGGGACUACCAGUGUGCGCCACCAUCCCCAGCUAAUUUUUGUAAUUUUUAUAGAGAGGGUUUUAUCUUCUUGCCCAGGCUGGUCUUGAACUUCUGGGCUCAAGCUGUCAGUCCAGCUCAGCUUCCCAAAGUGCUGGGGUUAUAGGGAAGAGCCACCGUGCCUGGCCAAGUGCAAAGCUUUAAACAGUAGAAGUUUCAAGGGCUCAGGAAGGACCAGGGGGCCAUCUAGGCUCUCCAUGAGUGCACAGUUAACAUUAUGUUUACGUCUGUCAGAUAACAAUUUUGGUUUUCCACAUCAGGUGCAUUGCACUGUUAGAUGGGUCAUCAUAAAGGUCAUCAAUCUAGUGGCAUUCAUUCCAUUUGCACAUCCUAACUGUUUCAGCACUAUCUGAUUUAGCAUGAAAAUCUGCCAGGGCAGUCCCUUGAUAUUCAGGUUCAGCUUUCCAUGUAGGGGCUUCAAUCUUAUUAGAAUUUGUUAUUUAUUUUUCACCUUUACUCAAGAUAGCUUGGAACUUAUACCAAUUUGUGAUGGCAACAGGAUAGUAGCAAGUUCAUCCACUUGAGUCUGUUUUUAAUAGGGGCUCCACUAGAAGUGAGAAACCCUCUUUGUUUCCAUAACAUGCCAAAAUUGUGGACUGCAAAGGCAUGUCUGCUAUGUAUAUAGCAUUUUCUGAUUUCCCUUUAGCUAUAUGAUAAGCUCAAUGAGAGCAAAAGCUCUGCAGUUUGAGCUGACUGAAACUGGGAAGAGUCUGCUUUUUAUUAACUCAUUUUGGGUUUUAAUGACAUAUUUUGCCAAAGAAUAAUUUCAAAUGGGGGCCGGGCGCUGUGGCUCACGCCGGCCGUGGUGGCAGGUGCCUGUAGUCCCAGCUACUUGGGAGGCUGAGGCAGGAGAAUGGCGUGAACCCAGGAGGCAGAGCUUGCAGUGAGCCGAGAUCGUGCCACUGCACUCCAGCCUGGGCAACAGAGCGAGACUCUGUCUCAAAAAAAAAAAAAAAAAAAUUUCAAAUGAUGUUGGUCUACUUGCUGAAAAAUGCUGGGUUUGACUGAAAUUUAAUAGACUUUCCACAGCACGUGGAACUUGCAAAAAAAAAAGUUCAUUCCCUAAAACCAGGUCAGAUGAACCCUUUACCAAUCUGGUGGUUGCUGCCACUGCCUUUAAACAAUUGGGAUAUGCCUUAGCUAUGGGGUCUAAUUGCAGGCCAUGAUAUGUGAUGGGCCUGUGCUUUCCCAACUAUGUUCUUUUUUAUGUAUGUAUGUAUUUAUGUAUUUAUUUUUUGAGAUGGAGUUUUGCUCUUCUUGCCCAGGCUGGAGUGCAGUGGUGUAAUCUCAGCUCACUGCAAUCUCCGCCUCCCAGGUUCAAGUGAUUCUCCUGCAUAAGCCUCCCGAGUAGCUGGGAUUACAGGUGCCCAUGACCACGCCCAGCUUAUUUUUUGUAUUUAGUAGAGAUGGGGUUUCACCGUGUUCGUCAGGCUGGUCUCGAUCUCCUGACCUCAGGUGAUCCACCCGCCUCGGCCUCCCAAAGUGCUGGGUCAACUAUGUUCUUGAGUAAGAACUCCUGAUGCCUCAUUGUUAUGUUUAUGAACAAACAAGGUGAAGGGUUCAGUAUAAUUUGGAAAUCCUAGAGCAACCAUAUCUGUUACUUUCCAUCCUGGUUAUAUUUCUUAAUUAGACUGCGAAGUUCUGAAUGAAGCCUUUUUAAAUAGAGCAGUUGAUGCCAUUUCUGUCUCUGCAGGUUUCACAAGUAGUGUUUCUAAAUGAGCUCUAUAAUCUGAAACUGGUUCAUCUUUCUUUUGCCCACAAGAUUAUGUGAUUGACCAAUCAAUUUUUUGUGGAAAAGCCUUAGGGAUUGAAUUUAAAAGAUCUUCAGCAAUUCUUCUAGUUCCUUUUUGCCCUCCUCUUGGGGUUUUGGAGUGGUCUUUAGUAUCCUCAGGCUGUUUCCAUUCUGCUCCUGCUGUCAAUUGUGAAGCUUCACCAGUAUCAUGUGAAUAAAUUGGUAAAGAUUAGAGAGUCCUGAAUCAUAAGCUCCUAUGAGGAUUCUCAAUUUUCCAGUACAUUUUUGACUAUUUUCUCUUGGAUUAGUUAAGUCUUUAUGAUGGCUCUAAGCUCAGCUUUAGACCAUGGAGUAAAAGUGGUUACAGCAGGCAGGCUGGUUGACUAGAGAGUCUCACUUUGUAAGGCAUUUGUCCAACUUCCCCUUUUUCAUUAGCCUCAAGGAGAAAAGGUAACUGAGCAAAAGGGUUACUGUACUCAAAGCAUCGAGGCAAAGAAGAGACAGAGAAGGAGCAAUCCAGGUUCAUGUGCUGCAUGAGCCUUUCAUUUGCGUUUUGUAAAGAAUCUUUUAGGCAAUUUUAGAUUUGUAUAAUCUUUUAGAUGCCUCUGCAUACCGAUUUAAAAUGCAUCCCAUUGUUUUUGUGGAGUUUUUGAUCCUUUCUUUUCUAAUGUGUCCCACAAAUAAACAGUUUUAUUUAAAGUUUCCUCAUCGUGGCCAUUUUAAUUCUAAGUUGUUCCUAGUAAGGUUAGCCUGUUUUUCUAAAAACAAGUUCUGAGUCCAUAAUUUUGGUUUUUUUUUUGUUUUUUUUUUUGAGACAGAGUCUUACUCUGUCACCACCCAGGCUGGAGCGCAAUGGCACGAUCUCAGCUCACUGCAACCUCCGCCUCUCAGGUUCAAGCAAUUCUCCUGCCCCAGCCUCUCAGCCUCCCGAGUAGCUGCGAUCGAUCACAGGUGUGCAUCACCGCCCAGCUAAUUUUUGUAUUUUUAGUAGCGAGGGGUUUCGCCACAUUGGCCAGGCAGGUGAGGUGAUCUGCCCGCCUCGGCCUCCCAAAGUGUUGGGAUUACAGGUGUGAGCCAUCACACCCGGACUUGUUUUGUUUUUUGAGAUAGAGUGUUGUUUUGUCGCCCAGGCUGGAGUGCAGUGGCGUGAUCUCGGCUUACUGCAACCUCUGCCUCCAGGGCACAAGAGAUUUUGCCACCUCAGCCUCCUGAGUAGCUGGGACUACAGGCAUACACCACCACACGCCCAACUAACUUCUGUAUUUUUUGUAGAGAUGGGGUUUUGCCAUGUUGCCCAGGCUGGUCUCAAACUUGUGAGCUCAAGAGAUCUUCCUGCCUCAGCCUCCCAAAGUGCUGGGAUUACAGGCAUCAGCCACCACACCCAGCCCCAUAAUUCUUACAUAUAAAAUUAGAUGGAGUCCCAGACUCCUUGGAUUGAAACAAACCCAUUAUCAAAAGGAUAACCUACCCAAUGCCUCUAACUGGAUCCAUCCAGUUUAUUAUGGGAUGCAGUCCAAUCCAGGACCCAGUCCAGUAAAAAUUGCUCAGAUAAACUUGGAGAGCUCAAAACACAAAUUUAUGGAGCUCAGAAUCCUAGGAAGAACUCACUAUGACCUCCAGUUGCUGUGAGGGGUCAGUGGGCACAAUGGGCCCUGGCAGAUACCUUUUUGUGUGGUCACUCAGUGCUCCUGGAGGUUGCUGAAGUUAUGCUUUGGAUCCUACUUCUGACACCAAUUUGUUAAAAGAAAAAUUUUAUAGACAAGUUAACUUUAACAGUUUAAUUGAGCAGAAAAGGGUUCAUGAACCAGGUAGUGCUCAGGACCAAAAGCGAUGGUUCAGAAUGUGUGCAGGCUAUAUUUAUAAGCAAAGAAACGGAAUUGGCAUACAGAGAUAGCCUGAUUGGCUGCAGUCUGGCGUUUGCCUUCUUUGGACAUGUUUUGGCAGCCUUCAGCCUAUGGUUGGCUGAGAUUUGGCUACUUGUUACAAGAGUAGACUCUUACAUUAGGUUGCAGGGUGUUUACACAUUAAGUUAGGUUAUAAUUCACUAUGUACAGAGGCAGCUUUAGGCCAAACUUAACAAAGGUCACCUUUGGAACCAGCACUAAUUGUUGAGGGGGUCCCUGGGGUCCCUUUUUACCUAAUGAAGAUCUGUCUGUGUCUAAUGAAUAUCUUGUACAAUUUUUAAAGUCCCCAGUUGUGGGAGGUGAACUUGAAGAAUAAAGUUUCAUUAUGUCUA